GGCUAAAGGAUACGGGGCGGACUCUUGUUGCCAUUGGUUCAAAGCUCGAAGAGUUAGGAGAGGAAGCGGAAGGAAGCCGCGAAGAUCAGCUGGUGGCGGGAUGGAGGCGGUGGCUGAGCCCGGGAACCUGGCCGGCGUGCGAAAUAUCAUCCUUGUCCUCUCUGGAAAGGGGGGCGUUGGGAAAAGUACCAUCUCCACGGAGUUGGCCCUGGCGCUGCGCCACCAGGGCAAGAAGGUGGGGAUCUUAGAUGUAGACCUAUGCGGUCCCAGCAUCCCACGCAUGCUCCGUGCACAAGGCAAGGCAGUGCACCAGUGUGACCAGGGCUGGGUGCCUGUCUUUGUGGAUCAGGAGAAGACCAUCUCCCUCAUGUCUGUGGGCUUCCUGCUGGAAAACCCGGAUGAGGCAGUGGUGUGGAGAGGUCCCAAGAAACAUGCACUGAUAAAGCAGUUUGUGUCUGACGUGGCCUGGGGGGAGCUGGACUAUCUGGUUGUGGACACACCACCAGGGACUUCUGAUGAGCACAUGGCCACUGUGGAAGCCCUGCGCCCCUAUAGGCCCCUGGGAGCCCUCGUGGUCACCACACCACAGGCAGUGUCUGUUGGGGAUGUGAGGCGGGAGCUGACUUUCUGUAGGAAGACUGGACUGCAGGUCAUAGGGGUCAUAGAGAACAUGAGCGGCUUCGCCUGCCCACACUGCGCUGAGUGCACCAAUGUCUUCUCCAGGGGCGGUGGAGAGGAACUGGCCCAGCUGGCAGGAGUCCCCUUUUUAGGCUCUGUUCCGCUAGAUCCCCAGCUUACCAGGAGCCUGGAGGAGGGCUGUGACUUCAUCCAGGAGUUUCCCAAGAGCACUGCGUAUUCUGCACUCAUUUCCAUAGCCCAGAAAGUUCUGCACAGGAUGCCUGCUCUGCUCUCCUGACAGAGAGCCUCCAGGUGCUGUGUGCUCUGUUACAGCCUAUAGGAACUCUGGGAGCAGAGGUCCUCAGGACUGUAGUGGGACCUGCUGCAGUUGCUGGCCAGAGCAAUGGCUGUUCUAUGUGAUUACCUCCACGCAGAGAUCUUCCUGCAGGCCCAGUGACAUUUUCCAGUGGUGACAUUUCCCACUAGUCUGUAGCUGAGGGGAUGGCUUGGGCUCUAGUUUCUUGAGAUAAUUGCAGCCUUUGCCUCCAGCCUAUGGGCUUUGUCCAGCCCUAUUCCCUUCUGCCCCAGAUCCACAGGCUGCUCAGACAGCCACACCAUAUACAAGCUGGACAAUACUUUCUCAUCCUGUAUGACUUUGAGUGCGCACAAGGGCUGUACUUUGGAGCUGUCUAUAAUACACCGUGUGGUUUACAGGCACAUCUGGUAAUACAGGAAUCUGCCAUUAAACGUACCACCCCACCUUGUGAAGAACCCAGCAUCCAGACCCCUCUGUCCUCAGUGAGAUGGCUUUUGCUACACUGUAAGGCUGGAACAAACAAUAUCAGUAAUGAUAUAAAGGGGAGGGGCCUGAA